AUGCAAUUGAUGGAAUCCAGCAUAAGCCGUGCUCGUUUCCAUGAGCAACUACUAGCUGCAGCGUUCGACGCUUCUCAGGCCGCAGUAGCUGCUGGCUCAACCUCCAGUGCUCGAGCAUCCUUAGGCACAUUUGAUACAGUCGGUGAGUCUAGAAGUACUAAAGUCAAGAUUGCCAGACAAGCAGCUUCCAGAUCUGUCAGUGGUGGAAGUGAAAAUUCUUCGGCUAGAGCUAGCGGUUCAGAGGGUGGACGCAGGGGAGCUGUCACCACUGGCAGCGUACGUGGUGUAUUUACUGGCAAUGGUGGUGGUAUCGGCUGUGUUGGUCCCACCCCACAAGUUGUCUCUCGAUUUUUCCGGCGUGGCCUUCCUUCUACAAGCUCUCUAGGCUGUGGGUCCCUCUUUUCAGCCGAGAAUAAGGCUAGGGCUUUGGCUAGCAUCGGUGGCGGAGAGAGCACUACUGGGACCACGACACCAGCCGUGAGCUCUGGAGCCUACACGCAGUAA